AUGAAAUAUAUUCUUACAGAAGAGCAUGUAGAGAUUCCAGAGAAGAUCGAAAUUAAGGUUAAAUCAAAGAAAGUGGAAGUUAAAGGUAUUGAUUAUGAUUAAUAAUUAUAGGCCCAAGAGGAAUUUUGAAUAGAAAUUUCAAACAUGCAUCUUUGGAUAUCUAAGUUCAAAAGAAAUUAAAGAAAUAAAGCAAAAAGGAGAAAUCUAGAGUUAGUAUUAGAAUGUGGUAAUCUCAAAGAAAACAAAGAUGCUAAGUGAACUCUGUGGCUGCUUAAAUAAAGAAUAUGAUUAGAGGUGUUACUUCUGGAUAUAAAUUCAAAAUGGUUUUAGCAUAUGCUCACUUUCCAAUCAUUAUCAAUUUAUUAGAUAAGGGAGCAGGAAUUGAGAUAAAGAAUUUCUUGGGAGAGAAAAUCAUUAGAACAAUAAAAUGCUUACCAGGUGUUGUGAUCACUAGAAAUGAAGCUGAAGAAAAGAGUAGAAUAAAUAAUUCAAAUUUUAGAUGUCUUGACCUUAAGCGGUAAUGAUCUUAAUAAUGUUUCAUUAACAUGUGCAUUAAUUCAUUAAGCCUGUGCGGUUAAAAAUAAAGAUAUCAGAUAAUUCUUGGAUGGAAUUUACGUCUCAGAAAAACGUUUGGAAGUUUGAUAUUUAAUAAUAAGU